AUGAAGUUUUCCACAAAUUCACCUGUUCUGUUAGCUCUUUGCGCUCUCCUUGCGAUCUGGAUUACGAAAUGGAUCGUACAUACUGCCGCUCGGAUACUUACCAUGCGGCGUCAUGGUUGCCAAGAACCUCCGAAGUAUCCUCACAAAGACCCGUUCUUCGGCAUUGACCUGUUGUUACUAUACACGAAAUCUCUUGAAAGCCAAACUUUUCUCAAUCUGAACCAAAAUCUGUUCGCGUCGUACGGGAAAACCUUCAGGGCAAAAUUCUUGGGUGCCUCGAUUAUCAAAACAAUAGAUCCACACAUCACGAAGUAUGUGCACGCCACCCACUUCAACCAAUUUGGUGUAGAGAAUAUUCGGAUCAAGGCCGCCCCACACCUCUGGGGUGAUGGCAUCACAAUGGUUGACGGGGAGCGUUGGGCGAAUCGCAGAGCUCUGAUCAAGCCUUCGUUCGAUGUCGUUCAUAUCUCCAACCUGGGGAAUCGGAGUUUGGAGACACACGUCCAAAGGCUAAUGCGCUUGCUGCCGCGUGAUGGUUCAACGGUGGAUUUGAUGCCACUAUUCAAACGCCUAAGCCUAGACACUUCGAGUCAAUUCAUCCUAGGUGAAUCUUUGGAUGCUUUGCUGUCAGAAGAUGCACACAAGGAGUUUUUGGACGCGAACUUCUAUGCGCAGCGGGGCACGGGAAUUCGAAUGAUGAUCGGAAGUCGUGCCUCGUUUUUCCAUCGAGACCAGAAGUGGCGAGAUGCGUGCCAAACAGUCAACGACUUCCUCGACGAGCGCGUCGACAAAGCGCUACUUCGCCUUGAGAAAAGAGAGAGUACCGAGCUAGGUGGCGGACGAGGACGUCUUCGUCUGAUCGAUGAGAUGGCAAAAACCACGAAAGAUCGACAGGCCCUCCGCUUCCAGCUACAGAACGUGCUUACGCCGGCUCUCGACAGCCCAGCCAUAGUACUAAGCAAUAUCUUCUUCUAUCUCUCCAGGAAUCUGUGUAUUGAGUCAGUCGUUCUCCCCAGUGGCGGAGGAAGAGACGGUAGGGCACCCUUAUACGUUCAGAAGGGAGAGAUAGUCGAAAUGAACUUCCGAUGCAUGCUUCGCAACAAAUCUUUUUGGGGGGAAGAUGCAGAGGAGUUCCGGCCAGAACGCUGGGAGAGGAUUUGUCCCACCUGGGAGUACGUGCCUUUCGGGGGAGGACCUCGUAUUUGCCCCGCUAUGCGGCUGGUGUUCACGGAAGUCGCAUAUACGGUGGUCACAAUCGCGAGAGAGUUCGCCAGCUUAGAGAGUCGCGAUGAGAAGCCAUGGACGGAGCAAAUGAGGGCGACUUUUGAGAACAAGAACGGUGCAAAGGUUGCUUUGAUACCAAUAUAA